CACUCAUUGUCACCAACUCUCAGCUGCAACCUUACAGAAGUGGAGUUUGAGAGGGAGGGAGGGGGUGUUCUCGGCGUUUCCCUCCAGACAUACAUCAUUUCAGCCCAACCUACAGCUGUUGCCACAGAGAUGGAAACUACAGCACUGCGGGAAUAACUGAGACUGCAUGUCGAGUCCUUCCUUAUAAGAGACAAACUCAGGUGACGGACUUUUUCUUUCAAGAAGGAUCUUUUUUUCCUGUUGUUAAUGAUGUGUAGAGGGAGCUCAGUCCUGCAGCUGUUACUGGGUUAAAACCCGUCAACCUUGGAGAGGGCGCUCGGUUUGGACAGCCAGAACUCCUCGGAACCGGCUGCUACUGCAGAGCAAACCGGAUCUCACGUCCAAACUGGAGUCAGUUUUUGCUGCAUUCACGAUGAUCUCAGCGUGACUGCUGGGCGCUGAGUAAAGGCAUCCCUCCUGUCUCUCUUUUCCUUUCUUCCUCUCCCGUCCCUCUCUGUCUUUCUCCCUCUCUUUUCCUUUCGUGGGUUUAGCACAGGCUGCCCAGUCAUUUAGUCCCCCUUUUCAGCGCUCGGAAAGCUGAUUGCAAUGGGUCGGCUCGGUUUCAGCACCACGGAGAGCGCCCGGCUUCUGCUGUUCGGCGUGUUCGGGGUGCUGGCGCUGUCCGUGGUGCUGGCGGAGCAGGAAGGGGAGAACCUGUCCGGCCUCUCAGACAACCCGGACAAAGCCAUCUUCGCGGUCCGGGAGAACGGCACGACAUGCUUGAUGGUGGAGUUCGCCGUGAGAUUUCUCGUGCCAUAUGACGUGCUCGCGCUCAAUGGGAUAGACCUGAUCACAGAGCAAGCGGCGUUCACCCUGCCCCGUGGGGCAGAAAUCGAGGGGAAAUGUGGGAGCACGGAGUCCGAGAUCCAAAUCACCUGGAAGAACAAGGCAUACACUCUCCGCAUCUACUUCGACACGGUGGGCGAGACAGCGUCAAGGGAAACGGCAACAAUGCAUCUUCACGUGCCAUUUGCUUUCUUCCCUUUCGCUCAUCUCAGCAUGCUCACGGCGUUCCUUCCCCUUUCUGCAGCCUACAAGUGCAUCACUGACCAGCGGGAGCGCCUGGAGGAAACCCUCCCCCUCAUUCUUGGUUUCAUUUUGGCCCUCAUAAUUGUCAUCACACUCACGAUCUACCACUUCCACCUGAAGUUGACAGCGAACCAGCCCCAGCUGCCCAGAGAUCGCUCCAUGUACAAGAACAUGUAGCCAGCAGCACGGCGACCAUGUUGCCAUGGCUACCUCAGCUCUCCCAAAGCUAACCUGAUAAAAGACUCGUCUCCUCAAUGUCCCGAGCCUAACACCACAGUUAAAAGUACCACGCGAUGGACUGGAUCCCUGACAGAGAAAUGUGUGUAGCCUGUACUGAAGGCCUACUGGAACUUUUGUACAGCUAAACACACGUUAACGGGACAGCUUGGGGCCUAGCAUGGAUGUAGUUACAGGGUAAAUCUGCCAAAACCUAAUUUACCUGGCUGCUGAAUUGAAUCUCAAUGCCAUAAAUUCGUAGUUGGUAUUACACAAAUUAGAAUUUUAAUGAAAAUAAAAAAUGCUUUUAUGAAAAUUAGAUUGAUUUUGUUUAGAUUGGUGGUUGUUAGUCAUUUGAAAAUCACCAACUUAAGGUUACAGUUCACCUAUUUUUUUUUCUCCAUAAUGUCGUUUCAGCAAAAUCUGAUCCAACUUCUCUACGAAAGAAAUUUCAGAAAUUGCCAGAGCUUCUGCUGUCAUUUGCCAACUGAUUGUUGUCUUCUCCUCUCUCUCUCUCUAAAACUGCUGCUAAAUAAUUUCAAUACCUAUUGUUGGUUCUGUAUUUCCUAAUCUCUUUUAUUUCUUUUUCUGAAUGCAGCCAUGGUGUUUUACAGUGGACCAGUCUUGUAGUGUGUGCAGUUUAGUGCCAUUCAGAGUUGCAUUGUUUUUGCUUUGACUUCGACAAAUCUUUUCUAUGUAUGCAACAUAUCAAAAAAGGAAGAAAGAAAUACAUAAACAUCUGACCCAACUUCUGUACUAAAUACUGAAGAAUUUAUCAGAAGGCCAUAUGAAAGUGUUUAUGAAAAGAUAGGUUAUUAAAUUAAAAAAAAUAAUGUGUAUAAUAUUUUCAGAAUCAAAGUCUAUGCAUAAACCUCUGCUGAUGCAAUCUUGUGCAGUUUUCUUCUGUUCAUUGAAAUAAAUUGCUGGAAUCAUCUCUA